CCCACUACCGCGGCGAGUGGAAGGGGAUCCGGGUUUCUCUCCUUUUGUCCUGCCAUUGGAUGGAGGUCUCGCGCAUCAAAGUAGAGGUACAUUUUGUGAAAGAAGAGCAUGCAGCUGAAGCACCGGGAGGAUCUAGAUGUUGUUUGAUUGAGAUGUCCUCUGUGGCCCUACUCAUAUAGAAGAUUUUUGCUCCCUUUCACCUUAGAACAUUCAACUUCUAAGCAUUUAGCUGAGAACAUGGCAACAAAGGUGGCUACCAUGCUUCAGUUACCGUAUGAGUCUACUGAUUCAAGCAGCAAGUCCUCGGUGGGACACAGUCAGACUCCAAAAAAGUCAGCGAUCAAAACAAGCCCACUAAAGCUCUUGGAUCCAGGUCGUUCAAAACUUACCACUGUUGAGACCAAGAGGAUCAUAUCUGUUUUGGAUGAGGCCAUCUUUAAGGUAGAACUGAUCAGUCUGAUCUCUCACAUUACUGAAUUUCUGGAUGACUUAAGCACUAUACUGGGAUCUGAGCUCAUGGGUACCCUUAAGGAGCAUGAGCGGCUUUCAAACAACAUGGAAGCUCUACUUACCCAGCUUCAAAGAGAAGGUCUGAAGGAGGAAGAUGGAAGAGGGGACCUUGUAGGAACUGAGGAACAAAUCCGCCAUCUUCAAUUGCAUCAGCAAGCUGUAAAAAGCUCUAUCAGAAAUAUUCUGAGACUCUUUCAGGCUGACCCUCUAGCUUCUCAAGCCGUGAGAGAUGAGGCCUAUGCUAGAGAUUUAUCAUUUGAAAUUUUUAUCAAAGGCCUUUCAGAGUUCCGGGGCUUCUUGCUUGAGAAACUCCUGACUAGUCCCUUAGAAGAACAAGAAAAGGUUCAAUUCAUGGAAGAAAUCUCCCUCCGGGAUAAGAAAAACACUGAAACCAUCGCAGCUUUAGAAGCAGAACUUGCAACGGCAAUCCAGAGUCGAGACAAUGAGAUUAUGAAAAUGAAUGCUGUAAUCAGGGAUCUCAAAAGCCACUUACUUCACCUGGAGAAGUCCUCUGAAAGCCACAUCCAACGCACGAAGCAGGAAGCAGAGAAACUCCAGAAAGGGGAGCUGCGAAUUUCCCAGGCAAAGUGUGCCAAGAUACAGCAGGAUAUACAUCAGCUAAGAGCACAGCUCAAUGUUCUCAUCAUAGACAAUCGAGACUCAGAGCUGGCUCUCAGAAAGAAGAAGUACAAAGUGGAGAUGGAAAUCGAGAACUGGAUCCAGAAAUAUGAUGCUGACAUGGGAGAAAAACAGACUGAGUUCGAGGAAGCUGAUGCUGUCUAUACUGAAGAGAAGGCCCAGCUAGCUGAGCUGAAGGAGAAGUAUGCUGUGCUUGAACAAGAGUAUUCUCAGAUCAAGGAGGAGAGGAGGCGAUCCCAAGAGAAGAAGGAAAGAGCUGAGAGGGAACUGGCUAUCAUGGUCCGUGCUGCCACCCACAUUCAGGCCUUCUGGAAGGGCUACUUGGUCAGGUCACUGUUAAAGUCAAAGAGAAAGAAGAAGGGAAAAGGCAAGAAGAGCAAGAAAUAAAUUAGUUCCAUCCUUUCCCCUCGCUCUCUCUUCCCAACAUUGCAGACGUUUCCCCUUGGACCUCAGCUAUCUAGGGUGUCUUCACUUCAGCCAACCAACUAACCUAUCCAGGAUGUCUAUGGUUUUUAUAUACACAAAUUUGGCAUGUAAAAGUGAUUCUAUCAUAAAUAAAUGUCAGCCAACGUGUUAGACUUCCAGGUGGGAUAUUUUAAUUGCUUUUGGCCCUAAUUUAAGAGAAGAAGGAUGAUCUUGUAGUUAAGGCACUUGACUGGGAGCUGGGACUCCUGGGUUCCUUCCGCAGCUCUGCCACACAUGGACUGUGUGACCUUGUACAAGUCACUUACGGCUCACUCCUGCUCCUGCUGAGGCUAAUGGCAAAAUUCUCACUGACUCCGGCACCAGUCCCAGUAAAGACCCCAGCAACGGUCCCAUGUGA